AGCAUGAAACGCGUGGACCUGUAUGACGAUGAGAUGUGUCGAGGGUGGAAGGAAGACGUCGACACUCUCUUGGUUUUUGCAGGAUUGUUUUCUGCUGCUGUAACAGCUUUCAUAAUUGAAAGCUAUAAGUGGUUACAGCCUAACAACUUAGACUUCAACUUGCAGCUGCUUCAACAUAUCGCGGCUCAGUUGAAUACACAAAUCCCUACGAGCGCACAACAAGAUUUCAGCGCUGCCUCGGCUGUCCGUAUCAAUGCGGUCUGGUUUUUGAGCCUUAUAUUCAGUCUAUCUACAGUAUUACUCGGAAUCCUUUGCAAGCAAUGGCUCCGGGAGCACAGACGCGACACUCCUGUGUCUUCUUCGAAGGAAGCAUUGGAGCUUCGACAACUCCGUUUCGAGAGUCUAGAAAAAUGGGGAAUUCCUGCACUUUUAGCUUCUCUCCCCCUA